AUGAAGCAGAUGGAAAAGAGAAAUGUGACAGAGUUUGUUCUCUUGGGGCUCACACAGAACCCAAAAAUGCAGAAAAUUGUAUUUGCUGUGUUUUUGGUCAUCUACAUAGUCUCUGUGGUCGGAAAUUUGCUCAUUCUGGUUACCAUUACGAACAGUCGAUUGGUACAGUCCCCAAUGUACUUCUUCCUUGCCUAUCUAUCCUUUAUUGAUGCCUGCUAUUCUUCUAUCAAUAACCCUAAAAUGAUUUUUGAUUUGCUUCAUGAAAAAAAGAUUAUCCCAUUCAAUGGAUGCAUGACCCAGGUCUUUGCAGAGCAUUUUGUUGGAGCUACUGAAGUCAUCCUACUUAUUGCUAUGGCUUAUGAUCGUUAUGUGGCCAUCUGCAAGCCCCUGCACUAUGCCACCAUCAUGAACCGAGUAGUAUGUAACCUGUUAGUGGGAGUGUCAUGGAUGGGAGGCUUUCUUCAUGGAAUCAUACAGAUCUUGUUUAUUAUUGAUUUACCCUUCUGUGGCCCCAAUGUCAUAGAUCACUUUAUGUGUGAUCUUAACCCUUUGCUUGAUCUGGUCUGCACUGAUACCCACAUUCUGGGGCUCUUUGUUGCUGCCAAUAGUGGGUUUAUCUGUCUAUUAACAUUUCUACUUCUUUUGGGCUCCUAUACAGUAAUCCUGUACUCACUAAGAAACCACAGUGCAGAAGGGAGACGCAAAGCCCUCUCCACUUGUGUCUCCCACAUAACAGUUGUUGUCUUAUUCUUUGUGCCCUCCAUAUUUGUGUACAUGAGACCUGCAACUACAUUACCCAUUGAUAAGGCAGUGGCUGUGUUCUACACCAUGAUAACUCCCAUGUUAAACCCUUUAAUCUAUACCUUGAGAAAUUCUCAAAUGAAAGAUGCUUUUAGGGGAUUGUUCAACCGCCGGCUCCCUGGUAAGAGAAAUACAUAG